AUGCGUGUCACCAAUGCACUCACCCUGACUGGGCUCGCCCUUUCCACCGCGGUUAAUGCCAUCGUCAAUGGCACCGAGGCUACCGCCCUUGAUUACCCUUCUAUCGCUAGCCUCUACCGUAGCGGUAGCUUCACUUGCUCCGGCGUUAUCGUUGGCGAACACACCGUGAUCACCACUGCGAAAUGUGUCCACGGCUCCGUCUCGGCUCCUUCAAGGCUAAAUGUCCGCGUUGGCAGUGCAGAACGGACCGGAGGCACCAUUUUGCAAAUUGAUAAAGUCUCCAUUCACCCAUCCUACAACCCGUCCACCAUGGACUGGGAUUACGCUGUUUUACAUCUGUCGGAGAAUGCCCUCGAUGUUAGUGGUGUUGCCACCGCAUCAUUGCCAUCAACAGACGAUGCCACCGCUGACGAUUACCCCCUCCGUAUCGCCGGCUGGGGUAAGGAACUGUCUUCUUCCAGCAACGUGUCCAGAAAUCUGCAACAGGUUAGCAUGGUGAGCGUCGCCCAAAGCAAAUGCAAUGAUUUGUUGGAUGAUGUGAACACCAUCACGAAGAGGAUGAUGUGUUUUCAGCCAGAUGUGCCGUUGGCGCCUGGAACUUCCGUCUGCAAUGGCGACGAGGGCGGUCCCAUAAUGGACGGAACUGGACAAACUGUGUAUGGAUUGGUGAGCUGGUUUGCAGAAAACUGCUCUGCAUCGCCUCGCCCAAACGUCGGAUCCAACCUCAAUUCAUCUCAAGCGAAAAGCUGGCUUAAGAGUCUGAUUAAAUGA